UCCCCGGUCACAUGACCUGCAGCGAGUCACGUGAUCGACGCUCCAUUCUCGCCAUUUUGAUGCCAGGAAGAAGCACUUUUAUACCACAGGAAUAAAAAAAAGCAGCGCAUCACGAGCUCCGAGGCCAAAGAUCAGACACAACUACCGCAUCAGAAUGGAGGACAGUAGUGGAGUUGCUGUCCUUGUGCCUCACUCUAGAGUCCAGCGGAAUACCGUCUUCAUUCCAGACAGAUGUCUUCAUGGUGCCGAGGACCAGCAACGACAGCAGCAAAAGCAGGCUGCCGACUCUCUUAUUCAGGUCAUUGAGAAGCUCAGCAAGAUCGUGGAAAAGCAGCCCAAACGAUGCACUGUCUCUGGGAAAAAGAAACCCUUGAUGACCUGUGCUUCUGUACCAGUUCCAGACAGCAGGGACAGCACUGAGGGGCUCACACCUUGUAAGAGAUCCAGAGAACAAAGAGACGACCGCCCGACAUCCAGCAGCACACCUGGGAACAUUUUGGAACCCGAGGCUUCAGGUUUAGGCACUCGGACGGUCACCUGCUACCAGUGCAGUAUGUGCCGAUUUGUCUCCCCUACAUUGGAGCUGUUGAAAGAGCAUCUGCUGCUUCAUGACGAGCAGCACAGUGAACUCAUCCUCAUGUGCUCAGAGUGCCAGUUCACUUCAAAUCAUCAAGAGGAGCUGGUGGCACAUAUAAGACUCCACCUGGAGGAGGGCGAUCAUGCCAGACACGUUCUAGAUGAACAAGAGAUCGCAUCAGCAAGGAGCGCUCACCAAAGGAUGUCAGUUUUGACUGUGAGCAAUAUGGAAACAGACAAGACGUCUACACCGAGGAAGUGGUACAGCUUUGAGCAGGGCAGGUACCGUUGUCUCAUCUGCAACUAUGAAUGCAGACAACAGCGGAAUCUGAAGACCCAUGCAUGGAAACACGCUGGCUUGGUUGACUGCUCGUACCCCAUAUUUGAAGACGAGACAGACUGUCCUGAUACUUUACAAAGCACCAGUUCUCAUUUGAUUCCAGCAGGUAGGGAGGAUACAAUUGUAGUACUCGCCGCAGUUGGAGGAAAACCUCAGGCGAUUCAUGGCUCCUCCAGUAUCCAGCUAGAGCUGUGUACUGGGGAGAAAGAAGGUCUCAAAACAGUGGAGACCAAACUCCCGGUGAUUAGUCAAGUUUUUACUCUUAAAGACCCAGAGGAGCCCUUGGUGGAGGUGCAGGUGACACCAGAAGCACAAAUGGAGCUGGAGUUGGAGACUGAGAACCAACAGGCAAGCUCCGACAGCCUCCUGUCCUCCGCACAGAAGAUUAUCAACUGCAGUGGCAACAGCGCUGGCCACAUCAACGUCAUCGUGGAACGCCUUCCCUGUGCAGAGGAACCAGUGUCCAGCAAACCUCUGCUCCUCAGCCCAGAUGUAGAAGGAGACAAGACCCUUCUUUCCUCUGAGGAGACCAAUUUCGAGAGCCAACACCUCCCUGUAUACUACAAACAAAAGGAAGAGGUUGUGAUUGGCUGGAAUGGAGAAGAUCGACAACAGGAGAAAGACUCUGUGUCAUUGGGUUCUCCCUCUGAUGAAAACAUGCCCCCGGUUCGAAGGAGGACUUACUCCGAGUCGCUUCGACUGCAUUCUUUGGCAGCCGAAGCGUUGGUGGCCAUGCCCAUGAGGGCCCCAGAGCUCAGCAAAACCACUGCAAAAGAUAUCCAUGACUGGAGUACUCAAAGCCCUGACACAGGCCAGAGAAUUAUGGAGAUUGCUGAUAGCACCAACCUUAAGGCGUCUUCAGGAGAACUCGCUGCUGCAGUUGGAGAUGCAGGCAUGCGUCUUAACAUUGGCUUCCAGAGUUCAAAAGAUUCUCAAGAUGUGCUGGUCGAGGGACCCUCCAAAGCUGGAAUCAGCAUGUCUCUUUUGACUGUCAUUGAGCGCCUGCAAGAGCGUUCAGACCAAAACACUUCAGACGAGGACAUUCUGAAGGAACUGCAGGACAAUACCCAAAGCCAACAUGCAGGUGGUGUUCCUGGGGGUGCUGCUGUGCCUAGUGACAUUUCCACUACAAACGGUCUGGUGGAAUAUAUUGCUGGGAGCGAAAGGCCCUACCGCUGUCGACUGUGCCUGUACAGCAGUGGAAACAAGGGUUACAUAAAACAGCACCUACGUGUACAUAGACAGAGACAGCCCUACCAGUGCCCCAUCUGUGAACACAUAGCCUGUGACAGCAAGGACCUAGAGCAUCACAUGAUCCACCACUUCAAACCUCGCAUGUACAACUGCAAACAGUGCACUGAGAGGUUCCACUACAAGAGUCAGCUGAGAAACCACGAGAGAGAAGGGCAUGGGAUAGACGACAUGAGCAGCACACUGACCCAUGUCGCUGAAAGCACAACAAUCAUUGAAGAGUCAGCCAAGAUAACAGAUGAAGAUUCGGUUGGUGAGCAGAGCGUUUUCAAAUGCGAUGUGUGUGACUACACCAGCUCCACAUAUGUUGGGGUGCGCAAUCAUCGGCGAAUCCAUAACUCCGACAAACCAUACAGGUGCUGCAACUGUGAUUUCGCCACAACUAAUAUGAAUAGCCUGAAGAGCCACAUGAAGAGACAUCCACAGGAGCACCAAGCCAUGCAGCUGCUGGAGCAGUACAGGUGCUCACUGUGUGGUUACGUGUGCAGCCACCCACCAUCUCUCAAAUCCCACAUGUGGAAACACGCUGGAGAUCAGAAUUACAACUAUGAGCAAGUCAACAAGGCCAUCAAUGAGGCCAUUUCCCAGAGCAGCCGAUCACCAACUACAUCUCUGAAGUCAAAACGUGAGACUGGGGUGGAGCGUCCAUAUGUUGUCUUGAGCAGAAAAGACAAACAGUCACCGGAGGAGGCUUCUGUUACUGAUGGGCCAGAGGGCAACUCUGUGAGGUCAUCGUCCCGCCGGGAGCAGGCCGUGGCGUGGAGGAGCGGCUCAGGGCAGACACGGCCAGGUAUGGAAUACUGUGUGCUGCUCUUUUGCUGCUGUAUCUGUGGCUUCGAGUCCACCAGUAAAGAGCAGCUGAUGGAGCACAUGAAGCAGCACGAGGGAGAUCUGAUCAGCAUCAUACUGAGCAAGGAGCAGCAGGGAAGUCAGCAGCAGCCAGUAACACACACUUUUUAAUACAUACUGUCCUUGUAUCAUUUCUGCUUGGACAAACAACAUGCACAGUUCAAAACCUUUUUAUUUUUUUCUGUCAAUCUAUCUUUGUAUUGACAUUAGUUUCCUUUCAUGUUAUUGACCAUAGAUGUGUGAUUUCAGAGGAUCAAGUAGUUAACAAAUGAAAUUGACUUAAGUAACUUUUGUUUUGAAUUAUGCAAAUUGGUGAAUUUCAAAGGUUUUGUGUACCUCAUCUGUUCACAAUAUACAUUGUCGAGUCCACACAUUAUGAAAAUGAGGCAGCUUCUCUCGUUCACUGUAAUAUUAUUUAUCUAAAUUACUUAUGUACGUUUACCGU